AUGUUUAUCCGUUUUGGAGCGGCAGCAUGUUUUGCAUGCUUAGUCAGCCACCCCUUGGAUUUAACCAAAGUUCGUAUGCAAACAACAACGGGGAUAAAUAAAGGAGCUCUUAGAACUGCAAUUGAUAUAAUAAAAAAUGAAAAAUUCCCGGGAAUAUAUAAUGGACUUUCUGCUAGCAUUUUGAGGCAAGCUACAUAUUCUACAAUGAGAUUCGGAGCUUAUGACAAAUUGAAGCUGUUGCUAAGCAAAAAUGGAGAAAACCUUUCAUUUGUAAAAAAAGUGAUUUGUGCAGCAGUAUCAGGGUGCAUCGGUGGAGCAGUUGGAAACCCAGCAGACCUUGUAAUGGUUCGCAUGCAAAAUGAUGCAAAAUUACCAUUAGAACUGCAACGUAAUUAUAAGAAUGCGUUUCAUGGUCUUUAUCAAAUUAUUAAAACGGAAGGAUUAAAGGGUCUUACUCGAGGUAUGGGACCAAACGUGAAUCGGGCCAUCUUUAUGAAUUCAUCACAAGUAGUAUCAUAUGAACAAUUUAAACAAUUUUUUUUGGAAACUCGGUUGUUUCGUGAUGAUGUGGUCAUUCAUUUUCUUUCUAGUUUUUCGGCGGGAUUUGUAGCCACAACUAUAUGUUCACCAGUUGAUGUCAUUAAAACUCGUAUCAUGAACUCAACUGGAACGAAGCAAGGUUUUAUGAUCAUGUUUGCUUCGAUAAUUCGUAACGAAGGACCUCAAGCAUUAUUCAAAGGUUGGGUACCGGCUUUUGUGCGGUUAACACCACACACUGUUGUGACGUUUAUGGUUUUGGAACAGAUAAAAAAUUUCUAUGAUAGGCGAAUUGAGCUAAGAAUAAAAGCUACUACGAAUACCGCUAAUUAG